AAUCACAGGAAGAAGCUGGAGCCAUGUAUCUGUUCUGUUAACGAUCUGAUACGUUCUAAUUAUCUGUAUUUUGAAACGCAUUGAUGGUUACCACAGAACCUGCGAGCCUGGAGAGCCUAAGUGUCCUGUACCAGAGUGAUGAUUUUAUUGUGGUGAACAAGCACUGGGACAUCCGUAUCGACAGCAAAAUGUGGUACGAGAAACACACCGUACAGGCACAGCUUCGACACCGCUUCCCUCAACUGGCCGAUCCUGACACUUACUACGGAUUCAGGUUCUGUCAUCAGUUGGAUUUCUCCACCAGUGGGGCUCUUUGUGUUGCCUUGAACAAGGCUGCUGCCGGGCGAGCAUACCGCUGCUUUAAAGACCGCACCGUCACUAAAGCUUACCUCUCCCUGUUGCGUGGCUGGGUUGAAGAGGAGACACAAACAGUUGACUUCUCCAUUGGAAAGAACUCCUCAGAGGGCAAAACACAUAUGAUGUGUAUCGAGGGGACAGAUGGCUGUGAGAACCCCAAGCCUUGUCAGACUGAGCUCACAGUGUUGGAGUACGGACAGUAUCAGGGAGACUGUGUUACCAAGGUGCUGCUGCAGCCACUCACAGGACGGACACACCAGUUAAGGGUCCACUGCAGUGCAAUAGGCCAUCCCAUCGUCGGGGACUUCACCUACAGUUUGGGAUUGGAUGAUGCCCCCUACCGCAUGAUGCUGCACGCACAUCUUCUCCACAUUCCCCUGGAACCCCAGCCGUUACUCGUGUUUGCUGGCGAUCCCUUUUUGCCCUCAGUGGACCCCAAGUGGCUGCCACAGCGCACAUUACGGACAUUGAAAGACAUUGUGGAAGCCCUGCUAGAUCGCAGGAUGGAGGAGCAGAGGAUAAUCAAGGAGGAGAAAACCAAGAAAGAGAAGGAGAGAAGGAAAGGGUGCAGGGGAAAGAAUUGGGAGGAGGAGAGCGAGCAACAGAAGAAGCAGCAUCAGGAGUGGCUGAGUGAAUGGGCUGCAGACUGAUGGGAUUUUAUUACCACUUUAUUUAUUUUGGAUGUAUCUCUUUGAAAGAC